GUGUUGUUCUACAAAAAGGAUUGAAAAUAGCUUGGCUGAUCCAUCAAAUGCGAUUGUUUCGCCUUUCGAUCGUGACGGUCGGGUGUUGUGGGUUGCAGGUGGUGAAUGAGAUUGUAAAGGCACAUAUUAUGAUCCCGCCAGCUCGUCCGUGAGCCGCAUCAUAGCUGCUGUAAAUGCUGAAGUGUUCCACUUACCUUGACAUUAUUGGGCAUCGCUGCCCUCAUAAGUGCAAUGGCAAUGACUCAAGGUGCUGUUCUCAAACGACACUCUUCAAUAUAAUAAUCGUGUUCAAAUAUCAACGAUUCAUCAAGUAUUGCAGAUAAAUGCCAAUUUCUGACAAUACAGAAGGUAUGCCCAUCUUAUCUGAAUUACCUAAGUCAUUAGAAAUCGUAGACUUCUACUGUUUAUUUCUAGCGAGAAGUAGCGGUCAGGUGGUGAGUUAGAAAUUGCUGAACUAGAAAUACAUAAUCUGACGAGAUUUUUAUCUUAUUCUUAUCCGGUGCGCUGCAUCGCUUUAAAGAUGGGCAACCUUCUGACCAUUCGACAAUCCCACGUUCAAAAUAUCAUGUCCCGAUUGCACAUUACCACUGAAAGUUUUUGGACAUUUGGAACGUUACCAGAGAGGCAUGUUGUCCCAAUCAUUAUGUCUAACAAAGCUACCACGUUGCCAUACGUAAAUACUUCUUGAUACAUUUUGUAAAGCGAAAUGUCUUGAUGCUAUUUGUUGUAGGGUGGUGAAAGUCUCAGUGGCAAGUUAAUCGGUGCUGCUUAAAGCAAAUUAAUAACUUUGGGGAUGCUGUAGCAUAGACGUACGCAUUCACUUUGAGCACAAAAUUUCGAGCAUGCAAGUAUGGACUUAUAAUUAGCUUGUUAUGGAAUCGCCACCAUUUCGGUCGAUCGAGUUACGAAUCGCAUUGCACAUGGCGACUUAGUAAGAGGUCAUUUAUACAGGUAGCUCUUCAAUGGCUGUCCAAAUUCCAGGGUAUCGCCAUGAUAUCGAAGCUGGCAAGUUUAUCCAAACGAGCGUUUUGAUGUCUUGAUCGUUGCUGCUGCGUCAAUCUGAUUCUUCUGAUUGUAUCGCUGAGCGCUAUCAUGACAUGUGUGGCGCUGGAUGAAACCUUGCGUCCGAGUCCAGGGCUUCCAAAGCUGUUGGAUCCUCAUGAUCUCGAAUCUGUCAAGAAACACGAAUAAAUUGCAGCGCAACGAAAAGAACUCGCUGCUCAGUGGCGUGCAAUUCAGGAACAAGUGGAUCAGCUGCCCCAUGUGUCUGUCGAUAUGAUCCAAGCUAAAUUACUUUUAUUCGACGACAAUAACUUCAAACUUAAAUGAAAAUUUAAGGUUGCAAGGUGAAUUAGAUGUUACUAAUGUAAAAACAUCCUGAUGUUGUAUCAAUCUUCGGGUUAUUUCUUAUAAAAAGAUCCUAUGGUGUUUGCCAAUGGUAGGUUUUUCACAUACACUAGCCUGCGUGGCGGUCGUCAUCAUCACAGCUCUUUUUAGCAUACGACAAAUGCACUUAAUUUGUGCAUUUGCUUGAUCAAAGCAAAUAUCUUUGAUAUCUUUGUGCUCAUUUUCAAAGGCGCUACAGGUUUUCGGUAUUAUUUCUUGCGCUCAAAAGUUUAGAAGAUUAUAUACUCCAGCUCUUCAGCGCGUAGCCCCUUUUCUGCUUCCUCACAAAUGAAGCCGAUAGUUGUUUUGUAUGAUUUGGUGUUGGUUACCAGCGAGAAACAUCGAAUGCACAUUCUUCGCAGUCUUUUCAGGCAAACACGAGGGCAUAGGCAACGGUAAAUUAUUGGUCUAUCGCGUCGAUAUCCACCAAGCGAGUCGCUUCAUUUUAAUAUUUACGAGCGACCACACGCCGGAUUUGUAUCCAUCACGAGCAAACGCGUAUCUCACGAUAAACCGACACGUGCAUACCGCCCCGCUCAUUGGUGGACGAUGUGAUUAUAGCAACGACAUCGCGGUUCAAGAGAACAUCAUCGUCACUUGAUCAUCGAAAUCGGAUUCUCUACAAAACAAUGCAGGCUUAGCAAAUCGUGAGAGCAUAUGAAGGUAAUGUCGACUAUUUACUUAGGUAAUGGUUUUGCCCUCCCUUUUUCUUUUUAAAUGACACAGUAGUUCAUACUCCAGCUCGCGAUUCGAUUGAGACUUGAUCCCCGCUACACCGCAGGGAUUACCUUGUUGAAAAAAAAAUAAUGCAUAUACAUCAGAGCCAGACAACGGGAUAGAGGCUGCGUAGUAUUUUCUAAAGCAACCGGUUGUGAGGUGGUGCGGUCCCGCACCACCUCAGAUUCAUGGGUAGAUGAGGAACCUUUGACAGCAACGCCCCAAAUAAUUGACAGCCUGGAAGCAGCGACUUUCUUUUCAUGGCGUCUAUUUGAUUUGAAGUGGAUUCAACUAAUUGCAAGCGGUAAUUGGUGAUUCGCCGAAUCUGACAAUGCAAGUCUUUAAUCUUCGACAGGCAAAGGUUGCGAAGUCAAUCAGUCGCAUCGCCAAAAUAACGACAAAAAACUUAGAAGCUUUUGCCGUCGUCGCUUCCAGUAGAGGGUUUGAUAAAAUAGAACGUGCAGCUUAGAUUGUCCAUAUGUCAAAAUAAAGUUGAACGCCUGAGAAGGCCAUAAGAACCAGUGAAAAAAAGUUGCGACCGAUUUAAGAUGUUGCCAUGAGCCGUUCAUUAUCCUUAAGAACAAGCACCGAUCAUAUUAGCAAAGUCGUUGUAAUACCGACAAGGACUCGGUCACCAGAUUAUAUCACAAUCUGUCAAUCUGAAGCCAGCGGUACAAUACUCAACUGACUCGAUUGUAGCUGUUACGACAGCUGCGCGCGCAUUAAAAUACUGUUUUGCCUUGGAGACUGAACAAGCAUCACAGCUCUAUGAUCAAGAGCUACAUCACUGACAACAUUGCUCCCACACUUCAAACACCUGAAAAUGGGGUGCCUGACGGAAUCUAAAUGACGUAAAUUUCUUCCAGAAUAUUCCUUGGAAAUUUGGCCAAUUGCCACGCAGCUUAUGCAAUUGUUGGGAGGAUAUGAUUAGUG